CUAUGGUCGGAUCGCCAAUCACAAAUGACAUAAAGCAAUCAAUCAAGUUUUAGCAUUUAAGUUUUACAAUUCCAUUUUAAGGGUAAAAUUAGAAGCAACUCUACUAUGAAUAGCGAAACAAAGCUAUCGCAUAAAGCAAAAAAACGUAUCAAAGAGGUUAAGAGGAAAGCUAGACCCGAAUUAGUUGACAAACACCAAUGGACAGCUUUAAAGUAUGCAGGAAAUUUUGAAGAGUUCCUAAAAUGCAAAGACAAUGUGGACCGAAUAAAUAUUAAUGAAGUACCACAAGAAUUAUUUAUAGAAAAAUAUGAAAAAAUUUAUAAGCCAGUAGUAAUAACGCAUGUACAAACAAAUUGGAGGGCCAAUCAUAAAUGGACUUUAGACAGACUAGCUAAGAAGUAUCGUAACCAGAAGUUUAAAUGUGGGGAGGACAAUGAAGGCUAUAGUGUUAAGAUGAAAAUGAAGUAUUAUGUUGAGUAUAUGAGGACAACAACUGAUGAUAGUCCACUUUAUAUUUUUGAUAGUAGUUUUGGUGAGCAUCCAAGAAGGAAAAAGCUUCUAGAAGAUUAUGAGAUCCCUCAGUAUUUUAGGGAUGAUCUGUUCAAGUAUUGUGGAGAAGAGAGGAGGCCACCUUAUCGCUGGUUCGUGAUGGGGCCCCAGAGGUCUGGGACAGGGAUACAUAUUGAUCCAUUAGGCACUAGUGCUUGGAAUGCUCUGGUAUUUGGUCACAAAAGAUGGUGCUUGUUCCCAACACAAACACCAAGGGAAAUGAUCAAGGUCACUGGGGCAAUGGGGGGCAAGCAGAGAGAUGAGGCUAUCACUUGGUUUAAGUUGAUUUAUCCUAAAACUCAAUUGGACACAUGGCCUACAGAGUAUAAACCUGUUGAAAUACUCCAAAAGCCAGGUGAAACAGUAUUUGUGCCAGGUGGAUGGUGGCAUGUUGUAAUCAACUUGGAUGACACUGUAGCUGUGACGCAAAACUUUUGCAGUCGUACCAACUUUCCCGUUGUAUGGCACAAGACGGUCCGUGGACGCCCUAAGUUGUCAAAGAAGUGGAUCAAAACCCUUGAGAGUAAAGAGCCUGACCUUUACAAAGUUGCAAGUAGUAUGGACUUGAACCAGAGCACUGGUGUGGCAUCUGACAGCUCUUCAAACAGCAGCUCCUCCAGCAGUGAUAGUGACAGUAGUUCUUCUAAUAGUUCCAGUGAGGAGGACAGUGGACAAGAAAGCAUUACAGCUCACAAAAAGAAAAGAAAAAGGAAAGUUUGACUUGAAAAAAAAAA